UAAGUUUCAAAUUACAUUAGUACUCGGCAAUAGAAGAGGGAGGCUGAUUCGAUGGCCCUUUUAUUCAGGAUAUUUAUGACAAGGAUAAGUAAUCUGCAUUUGGGACCAGUAAUUGCUUAGCUUUGUAUUGGUCAAAGUGAAGACGUCCAGUGAGCAGGACCAUCAAUUAGUCACCUAACCAUGAAUUCUCCGUCACCGGCCGCCAUCACUCUCCGUCCGUUCAGACUAGCGGACGUCGAUGACUUCGUAUCAUGGGCCGGCGACGAUCGAGUGAUCCGAUGGCUCCAGUGGACCACCAUUACCUCCAAAGAAGAGGCUCUCGCCUUCAUCAAGAACGUCUGCAUCCCCCACCCUUGGCGGCGCUCCAUAUGCGUCCACGACCGUAACGUAGGAUUCGUAUCCAUCUUCCCGGGAUCCGGCGACGACCGGUGCCGGGCGGACAUCGGCUAUGCGGUGGCGGUGGAACAAUGGGGGCGGGGAAUCGCCACGGAGGCGGUGAAGAUGGCGGUGUCUCAGGCGUUCCAGGACUUGCCCGAUCUGGUGAGGCUGCAAGCUUUCGUUGACGUGGAGAAUAGGGCGUCGAAGAGGGUUCUUGAAAAGGCUGGGUUUCUGAGGGAGGGGCAUUUGAGGAAAUACAGCUAUCAUAGGGGCGAUCUUAAGGACGUGCUUGUCUACAGCAUUUUGCCUAAGGAUAUCAAUCGUCACUUCAACUCCACACCCGUGACCAUGACACCAUGAGCGCAGUCCGAUGGUACUUAUCCAUCUCCUGAGAUUUGAUUUCCCCUCCACGCUCCACUUGUCGCAAGGGGAUUAUGUUUUUUUCACCAUAAAAAUGUUAACUUGGACUCAAAGUCUUUGUGAUAGGAAGGGCUAUAAUAUUAGCCUUCUCUAUUGCCAGAACUCAAAUUUGAAUGUGUACUGUUACGUAUAUAAUUUGUUAAGUGUAUAUCUGAAAAAUAAUAAUAAUUAGAGUAUUGAUAUUUUAUUUA